ACGAGAAGACGCCGCCGGUGUGUCAGUCAGAAAAGUGGCGUCCCGUGGGUCGUGUAAAUCCAGCAGUUCUCCCAGCAUCAGGCCGAUGGUCGUCGCGAGUUUUCGCGUAAAUUUGCGAUUUUUUUACGGUAACCAUUUAUCCUGAAUGGUGAUAUGGAUUUUAUUUUACUAGCUUUAAUACAGUAGUUACGUGAAGUUUUGUGUAGUUUUUAUGUAGUAGGAAAAAACGUUUACUAGAUAAACAGAAAGGAAUAUUGCCAUGCAUUGUGGCGAUGUGGAGUUAUGUUAUGGCUGCUUCACGAGGUAAUGUGAACCAAAGGGCAGGAUCAGUCUUCACAGUACAAUCAGGGAAUAAUUGCGGAGCUCCUGGCCCAUGCAGAGACGGUCUUAAUUUAUGCAGACUACAAUCGAGCGGUCGUUUUAAACCGCCACCACCAAAUCACGCAGAACAGAUUUUGCGCAGUUUUUCAAGAACCGAUUUCAACGCACUGUCACGUGAUGGGUCCCGGGAUGUACUGGCCGAAGUGCGCGUACAAACUCCGUUCGAUGACCGGUGCUUUUCAGAGACCACUUUGGAUAAUCCUUCGCAGGAUAACUCUCGGCAAAACCGUUUACUAUCAGCAGUAAGGGGUCGCUUAAGGCAAGUAGCAGCAUCUCUCCAAGCAGCGGUUAGGAUUCGUAGGUUUUCCCGUAGAGGGACCACUGCACCUGACUGGUUUGUAGAUAAGAGUCAUCAAGAAGAAAAUGGAGAGACGACCAUUAAUGUUACCCAUGGCUGUUGGGGGUAUAGGGUUGUGUUUGACCCUGCCUUGUCUAUUUAUUAUAAGUGGUUAAUGGUAGUAUCAUUAGCAGUACUAUACAACGUGAUCUUUGUCCUAGGACGAGCAGUGUUUUGGGAAUUAAACAACAGUGUUCCAGCUCUCUGGUGGACAUUGGACUACCUGUGUGAUGUGAUAUAUAUUUUAGAUACUCUUGUACAUGCGCAUGAAGGCUACUUGGAACAAGGUCUCCUAGUAACCGAUCCAGAAAAACUGCGAGCCCAUUACCUCCAGUCAAAAUCAUGGAAAACUGACUUGCUCGCGGUACUCCCCACAGACAUAACUUAUAUUUGGUGGGCUCCGUUUGACUGUUUAGCAAAAGUGCCAUGUAGUGUAAUAGUGCGAAUAAACAGAUUAUUUAAAUUGCCGAGAUUGUGGGAGUGGUUCGAACGGACAGAGACUGAUACGAACUAUCCUAACGUCUUUAGAAUUUGUAAAGUGGUCUUAGCAAUUUUGGUGCUGAUACAUUGGAACGCUUGCCUUUAUUUUGCUAUUAGUUAUGCAAUAGGUUUCGGAAGUGACAAUUGGGUGUAUAACCUGGAUGGACCAAAAAAUUCAACGCUAGCCCGCCAGUACAUCUACAGCUUCUACUGGUCCACACUCACGUUAACCACCAUAGGAGAAACGCCAGUACCUGAAAAUGAUGCCGAAUAUCUUUUUGUCGUCGCUGACUUUUUAGCUGGAGUACUUAUUUUUGCUACUAUUGUAGGAAACAUCGGGUCGAUGAUCUCCAAUAUGAACGUCGCAAGGGUCGACUUCCAAAAUCGUAUGGACGGAGUGAAACAGUACAUGGCUUUCAGGAAAGUUGGCAGAGAACUGGAAGCUAGGGUCAUCCGGUGGUUUGCCUACACAUGGCAAGAAAGCGGCGCUCUCGACGAAGAAAGGGUGCUUUCCGCCCUUCCGGACAAACUGAAAGCGGAAAUUGCUAUUAGGGUGCAUCUGGACACUCUGAGAAAAGUCCGGAUAUUUCAGGACUGCGAACCGGGACUUCUGGAGGCGCUUGUACUUAAGCUGCGAUUGCAGGUGUUUUCUCCGGGAGAUUAUAUCUGUCGGAAAGGUGAUGUUGGAAAAGAAAUGUAUAUAGUCAAAAGAGGAAGGUUACAAGUUGUAGCCGAUGAUGGUUACACUGUUUUGGCCACACUGGGAGCUGGCAGUGUUUUUGGCGAGGUCAGCGUCUUGGAUAUCGCCGGCAACCGGACUGGGAAUCGACGAACUGCCAACGUGAGGUCCCUUGGCUAUUCGGAUUUAUUUUGUUUGGCCAAAGACGAUCUCUUAGUGGCUUUGGCCGACUAUCCCGAGGCUAAAGCAACCCUAAUAGAACGCGGAUGCCAACUUCUACGUAAAGACGGUCUGUUAGACGAGGAUAUUUUCAAAAGAGCAAAGGAGACCCAGCACUCCAUGGAAGAUAGCAUAAAAAAAUUGGAGUCCACCAUGGAAAAUAUCCAGAGCAGGGUUGCUCGGCUAAUGGCUGAAUUCACUGCUAGCCAAGCUAAACUUAAACAAAGAUUAAGCAGAGUUGAAAGCAGAACUGACAAAGAAGGUGAUCCAUCAAAAGACAUAUCGGAUAACUUAAGAGUUCCAGCAACUGUACGGAAACGACUGAGAUCCUACGACAUGAGAAAAGAGGAUUUUUCUACUUACGCAAGGCAUAAAACUAUGUAAAUAAUACGGACAUCACUUGGAUUUUUUUAACGCAAAAUUAUGGGUGCUUUUUCAUGUUUAUUAUUUAUGCAAAAGAAAACCGUAAUAAUAAUCGUUGUUUUUAUAUGUUAGUAUAGGUGUUUAUAGGGGAAUAUUUUGCGCUUAUUGUUAAAAUAAGCCUAAAAAUAUGAUAUAAUAUACAUGUGUUUUUUUGUAAGUAAUUUUUGGUUGGUGCAAAAAAGAAAGAACGACUUUACCGCUAUUUUAGUAUCAUUUGGAAGCAAUUGACUAAUUGAUUGAUAAAACAAUCGGAAGAAACAGGGGGAAGGGAAGGCUACGUAAAUUUAAAUUUUAUAAUAUUAAUAGAAUUAAGUAAUACACAAAAUUAUUUGGAACAAAAAUUUAAAAUAUAGUUUAUACAUUACAGUUAGUUCAGUUCUAUUUAUCAAAGGUAAUUUGAUAAAUUUGCUUGAUGAAUAUUAUAAUGACUAAACUUAACUAAAAUAAUAAUUAAUGUUUAAACUGAUAAAGAAUAAUAUUUAAUUAUAAUAUUUAAAAAGGA